GGGAGAGAGAGGAGAGAGAAGGAAGUGGUGAAAAGAAGAAGAAAACUGUUUGACACUGUUUGAUAAUGGACAAGACGUGUAGUCAUAGAAAGAGAGAGAGAGAGAUUAGAGAGGGGAACGAGGUUAGUUUCUGGUUGAACUGGAAGGAACAGCUUUGAAAUUCCAACACACCAACGCAAACACACAAACAUAACACAAUCUCAAACCAAACCAACCCCAACAAAAAAAAAAAAAAAAACAUCUUUGAAAAAAUUAAUAAAAAUUUUUAGAUAGAGAAGAGACGUGAACGAAGACCCUUUUUUAUUAUUUUCCCAUUUCAUUUUGCUUCUUCCUUCGUUAUCCAAUUACCAAUUCCAACAAUCUCUCUCUUCCUUCUUUCUACUGUUUUCUCUCUCUAGCUUUUGUUUUUCUCUCUCCUCAGAUCUCUUCCGACGAUUCCUCGGCGGUUUCUGGUUUCUCAAACAAAAACACCCUCUUCUUCAAUCCUCUCUCUUCAAUCAUAUCUUACAUUUUUUAACCUUAAAGUUUCAUUCUUUUUUUGUCAUAUAUAUAUUUUUUCUUUUGAUUUAUGUAAUUAGGUGAAUCGUUUAUUAUUUCAUUUGUGAUUAGCAGCAAGAUCAUUGUUUAUAGAGAAAAAGAAAACUGAUUUUUCGUUUGAAGAAAAAUCCGAAAAAUUCCAACUUUUUUUUUGUCUUCUUUGUCCUAUGUGCUGUUUUUGAACAAAAAUUGGGAAAAAGAGGAAAAUUUUGAUUUGGGUUGGUUGCUUUUUUGGUGGGUUUGAUUGAAAUUUUGAACCUUUGGGCGAGGCAAAGGGUAUGGAGGCACGUGUGUGAGGUUGUGGAUGGUGGAAGAGGGUGAAGAAGUGGUGGCGGAUUGAAAGGGGAGGGAACUUGGGGGGUUAUGAUUGAAGGUGAAUUUGAAGAAUUUUUAAUCGUUGUGUUGUGGGUAGGUGCUAUUUUGGUGUGUUUGGUGAUGGGGAUGAGGAAUGAUGCUCAGAAACAACAGCUUCUUCAUCAGGGUAAUAAUGGUGGCAGAACCAACGGUUUCAUUCCUAGCUCUUUUCGUGCUCUCUCUAGCUACCUGAGGAUUGUUUCCUCUGGUGCUUCAACUGUAGCACGGUCUGCUGCAUCGGUUGCUUCAUCGAUUGUGGAUAGGGAUGAUGACCCUGAUCAUGAUCAGGUUAUCUGGGCUGGGUUUGACAAGUUAGAGGGUGAGGGUGAAGUCAUUCAGCAAGUACUUCUUCUAGGCUAUCGAUCUGGCUUCCAGGUUUGGCAUGUGGACGAAUCAAACAAUGUCCGAGACCUAGUUUCCAGACAUGAUGGUCCUGUAUCUUUUAUGCAAAUGGUACCAAAUCCAAUCGCAUCAAAGAGAUCAGAAGACAAGUUUGCAAACAGCCGCCCACUGUUGGUAGUUUGCACUGAUGGAUUCUUUGCAGGAGGCAGCAAUGUUCAGGAUGGUUUGACGACCACCUCUCACAAUGGGAGCCCUUCAAACUCUCAUGACCAAAUAAAUGGAACCUAUCUGCCAACUACUGUUCAAUUUUAUUCUAUGAAAUCCCAAUCAUAUGUUCAUGUACUGAAGUUUAGAUCAGUUGUUUAUUCUGUAAGGUGCAGUUCUCGAAUAGUUGCUGUUUCUCAAUCCACUCAGAUACACUGUUUUAAUGCUACCACGCUAGAAAGGGAUUAUACUUUACUUACCAAUCCUAUACUCAUGAGUUGCCCUGGUGCUGGAGGCAUAGGUUAUGGACCACUUGCGGUGGGUCCGAGAUGGUUGGCUUAUAGUGGAAGUCCAGUUGCAGUCUCUAAUUCAGGGCGUGUCAGCCCGCAACAUUUGACACCUUCUGCAAGCUUUCCUGGUUUUUCUUCAAACGGGAGCUUGAUUGCACACUAUGCCAAAGAGUCAAGCAAGCAUCUUGCUUCUGGGAUUGUGACCCUUGGAGAUAUGGGGUAUAAGAAACUUUCCAGAUACUGCUCUGAUAGCAAUGGUUCAUUACAAUCUGUAAAUUCUGGCUCUAAGGGAAAUGGAAUCAUUAAUGGCCAUUCAACAGAUGCAGAUAACAUUGGAAUGGUUAUUGUUAAGGAUAUUGUCUCAAAAAACGUUGUUGCCCAAUUCCGGGCCCACAAGAGUCCCAUUUCAGCAUUAUGCUUUGAUCCUAGUGGUACCUUGUUAGUGACUGCUUCGGUUCAGGGUCAUAAUAUAAAUGUUUUCAAGAUAAUGCCUGUAUGUGAGAAUUUGUCAGCAUCUGAUGCUGGUCCUUCUUAUGUUCAUUUGUACAGGCUGCAACGAGGCUUUACAAAUGCGGUUAUACAAGAUAUCAGUUUUAGUUAUGACAGCAAGUGGAUUAUGAUUAGUUCCUCAAGGGGCACUAGCCAUCUAUUUGCCAUAAAUCCUCAAGGAGGAUAUAUAAAUAUUCAGUCUUUUGAUGAUAAUUUUGUGGCAAAAAAUAGUGCAUUUGGUGCUACAACUAACCACACAGCUCGCUGGUCUCAUAAUUCAGCCAUGCAAACACCCAGACAGCAGACCCUGUUUGUGGCUGGCCCUCCAAUCACACUUUCUGUUGUAAGCAGAAUUAGGAAUGGAGCUAAUGGCUGGAGAGGUACUGUUAGUGGUGCUGCUGCAGCUGCAACCGGUAGGAAGACUGCCCUUUCUGGGGCUAUUGCUUCAACUUUCCGUAACUAUACAGGCAAUGGUGCCUAUGUUGAAGGGAACACUUCCAAGUCAAAGUAUCACCUGUUGGUCUUUUCACCCUCUGGUUCCAUGACACAAUAUGCUCUGCGGACAUUAACCGGUCAAGAUUCUGCUGUUGUUUCGGGAUUGUCUCCUGCUUAUGAAUCCAAUCUACAGGCUGAUGCAAGACUUGCAGUUGAGGCUAUCCAUAAAUGGAAUAUAUGUCAGAGUCACAGUCGCAGAGAUCGAGAAGAUAACUUGGACAUAUAUGGUGAGAAUGGAAUUCAAGACAGCAAUAAAAUAUAUCCGGAGGAAGUAAAGGAUGAUAAUACCAAUAUCCCUAAAGUCAAGAAUGGAGUCAUGAAAGUGAAUCCCUGUCUUGUGGAAGAGCACCAUUUGUAUAUUUCAGAAGCUGAACUGCAAAUGCAUCAAGCUCAGAUUCCAUUGUGGGCAAAGCCAGAGAUAUAUUUUCAUUCAAUGUCAAAAGAGUCUACCGUAAUGGAUGAAGAAGCUGCUUCAGGAGGUGAAAUUGAGAUUGAAAGGAUUCCAACAUGCAUGAUUGAAGCUAGAUCAAAAGACUUGGUUCCAAUUUUUGACUAUAUUCAGACUCCAAAAUCGCAACAAACAAGGACUUCUGCUAUGGAUAGCAAGACAAAUGAACAAGUAUUGCAUCACAGUUCCACUUCUGGGCCAUCAGGAAACGGCAUGAUUUCACCCAGGAUUGUUUUGGGAUCUCCUGUGUGUGUGACUAAUGGUGGUGAUGCUGUUACUGGGGGAACUGAGUGGGAUAAUCAUGUGGUGCUGUCUGAAACUGCAAGCUUUGUAAAUAACAAUGACACCCUUAAACCAUAUAGUCAGCAUGAGAUUGUAAAUAAUACAAGGGAGCACUUAAACACGGAGGCUCAACUCAUGUUUGUAAAUAGUGACACAAGGCCUGAAAAUGAAGAAUCAUUUUGAAGAAAAUGAAGAUGAAUUUGAUUGAAGGCAUGGAAUUAUUCUUUCAUUUCGCACUGGAGGCUUAAUUAACACUUAAUAUAAUAUGGUUGAAGAGGUAGAGAAGCUUGAAGAGUAGCUUGACUACGAUGCAAAAUUGUGGAUACUAUGAUGGGUUUCUUUUUCUGUUGACAUUGUAAAUAACAGACAGAUGUAUAUCAAUAAUUAGUUUUUAAUGUGUAAAUAAUAGAAUCACUUUGUAU